AUGGCGGCGUCGCUCCUCUCCGAGACGGACAUCAGGCAUCGGUCCAUGGCGGAGGAGGAUCCGAACGGGAACGAGCACGGGGCGGCAGCCCGCAGCGCGGCGCCUCGCUGGGGACCGCGGCACGCCGGCGCCCGGCAGCUCGCGCGGCUCUACUCGCCGGGUAAACGGCUCCAGGAGGUGGCCUGUGUGAUUCUGUGCUUCCUCCUUUUCGCCAUCAACCUCUCCUUCCUGCUUCUGCAUUUCUCCACCGUUCACAUCUACAGAAUCAUUCUUGGCAUUGUUCUAGGAAUAGUGACGGCAGACUUUGCAUCAGGCAUCGUACACUGGGGUGCAGACACCUGGGGAUCUGUGGACAUCCCUGUUAUUGGCAAGGCAUUCAUUCGACCAUUCAGGGAACACCACAUCGAUCCAACUGCCAUCACUCGCCACGACUUCAUUGAAACCAAUGGAGACAACUGUAUGAUCCCCAUUGUACCACUGGCUCACAUGGCCUACAAGUUCCUCACAUACACACCAGAGGCCUUGGUGCCGUCCUAUCCCUGGGACUGCUAUGUCUUUGCCCUGGCAGUUUUUGUGACGCUGACCAAUCAGAUUCAUAAGUGGAGCCAUUCCUACUUCGGCCUCCCACUCUGGGUCACACUACUCCAGGAUUGGCAUCUUGUGUUGCCACGGAAACACCACCGUAUCCAUCACGUUUCGCCACAUGAGACAUACUACUGCAUUACUACAGGUUGGUGUAAUUACCCACUGGAUCAGCUGGGCUUUUGGAGACGGAUGGAGCAAUUGAUCGAAUGUGUAACAGGCCAAAAACCACGAUCAGAUGACAUGGCAUGGGCCAAGAAGACUGACUGACAGAGAAAUGCACAAAUUCACGUUUUUACAUUUCACUCAUGCGCCUGUGCAUCUGAGCAAACCAUGUUGUAGCAAAAAACUCAAAGACUGGUGCAAGUGAUAUGUGUUCAGUAUGUGCUAUAGUCUGCUUGGAACAUUGCUGAUGAAACAGUUAGUGGGUCAGUGAGCUGGUACUGUAGGCAUGUGCACUGUCCUGUAGGUGUAGGGGUUCUGGAGGAUGGGCUCUCCAAUCGUGUUGUUGCAGGCCUCUUCUUACACCACACAUGUCUAAGCAGUUCUGUUGUUAAGUCCCACCUUUUUGUCUAUGUCCUUUUUGUACCAAGAAUUGACAAAGGCACUUUUCUAAUAUCUCUCUCAGCUCUGAUGUACUGUAUAAACGUGUCUAGACCUCGGUAAACUUAGAUACAAGUAAAACUGGUUAAAAUCAUGGCGUCAACGAAGUUUUUGUUAGUUAAAAAUUGUACAAACAACUCAAAUAUUAUUUUUUUACUGGAUGAUGUUUUGGUUCUGAUCCAUUUUUUUAGUGUUAGAACUAUUUUGUGCCGAUCCUCACUCAUUCAGUUUACAGGUACUCCAGAAGUGCUACUAUAUUUAGUAGCGAAUGACCUCGCUGUGAAUUCUUGAAGCAACCUCAAGAACCUCAAUCGCAUCCCUCGCCACCAGAUAACACCGAAUAAUUUCUUCUAAAUGAGCAUAUGAAACACAUCAAGUUCAUUGUUAUUCAUUUGAAAGACAAAUCUACUUCCCUUGAAAUGAGAUACGUUUAGAAAUAUUAUCAAAACUAUAAGUUCUUUGUCAUGAUGAACAGCUAAUCUUUUAGCAGUUAACUCUACACAUAUGCUAAGGUCAGCCAGGCUUGGUGGUCAGAGGAUAAGUAGCAUGUUUAAAAAGUAUGCAUACUGAAAUAACGUUUUUACCUGAUGUGAAAUGAAAACGCAAAAGAAGCUGGGAUUUUAGAUGAUUUACCCAGCAUAAACUGCUGAUUUCAUUUAGUUACGUUGGCUCGGACCAGAGGUCAAAUCCACCGUACACUGCUGCUGACUGUGUCACCUGUGCUUACUGUUUACAUGCCCCGAGGCUUGAAGUGCUAGAUUGGGUUUCUAUUUUUUUUCCUCAGCUAACUUCUUAAAAAGCAUUUUGGAAUCACCAAAUUGAAAGUGCAGAAAAUAUCCCACGUCUUAGAUAUUCUUCCAUGGGCACUGGACACUGUAAAAAGUUUUAGUUUAGCUCUGUUCCACCACUCAAAAGAGAUUGCUUACAGUACCUUGUCAUCUCUGAAUCUGCUUUUAACUCAUUACUCACCACCACAGAUUCACGUAGAGUUUACAGCCUGACCACAACAUAAAGCCGACCGAACCGCUUUAAUUUCUUCUAUGGUUAUUUAAGAAAGUCUGAAAUCUUUUUUUACAAGUAAUUGAAAUCAUGUUAGAAAUGGAUUGCUGUGAGCACUGGUAGAAAAGACGAAACACUGCAGACUGUUUUGCUAUUCUUAUCCCACACACUGCAGCUGUAAAUGUUAAACACUCAACAAAAGAACUAUCACAAACAUAGAGACCGGAGUCACAGGAUGUGAGAGCAAGAAAUUAAUUUUACUGCAUUUAAAAGUGCUAGAAGCGAACUCUGUUCUAGCAACAACAACCAGGCUUUGCAGAUGGAUGCUUAGGGCUCUAGCAUCUCUGACUCGUGUUUAAAUGCCAUACGUUGACACUUUGGACUCUUAAUAACUUGCACUAGAGCCAAGCUGCUUGAGUUGUAGUUUAUUUUGCAGGCUGAAAAUCCCUUCAGUCUCAGAACAAUAAUAACAGCACUUUAUUGUUUUACUGAGUAAAUGUCCUCCAUUGACCCAUUCACUCACCAUGACAGACAUACAAAUCGAACCAGGCUGUUUGCAUGCGUGCGAGCACACUACACAUGCUGUAACACACUGUGUUAUCUUUUCUCUGGCUUUAAAAUGAUUUUUUUUAUAAAUGAAUCAAGCCUUGUAUAAAUUCACAUGUUCCAUUUUGCAGCUCAACGCUCACUGCUUAUCUGCCUUAAUGUUUUUAUCUGCUCUUGGGUUUAAAUAAAGGUUUAUUACUCCAGAAUG